AAGUCUAAAAGCUCUAUCAAUAAUACCAUAAUCUCAGUAAUGUGAUGAUAGUCUUUACUAAAGUUGUCAAAUGCGAUUGAUACAAAAAGAAACAUGUGUCGAACAGUUCUGAAAUAUCUUGUAUAAAUGUAAUGAUUACCAAAAUUAUAACAAGAAUAUGUUGAAUAAAAAUCAGCAACAAUAAUAAUCUACUUUUGAACAAACACUGUACUAUUCGAUACGAUUGAUUCCAAUUCAGAUGUUUUAAAUAUAACAGUAGUCCGUUUCUUGAAAUUACAAAUUUAGUGCUCACCGUUUUUCGUUUUUGAAAUAAGAUUUCAGGGCGUGGCCAAGUGUAGGAUAUCGUUAUGCAUCUUCUUGUCACACAUACGCACCCACAUGUUUUGUUAACUGAUCAUAGAACGCUAACUACUUGAAUCUUAUAAAGUAUUCUUGUAAGAAAAUUGCGUCAUCUAUCGAUAGCCUUUAUUCGUAUAUUCAAAUUUACGAGAUUCGAUUAUCUACUUAUUUUCAUAUUGAAUUAUUUGUUCAUUCGUUAGGGUUCUUUUCUUUUCGAAUAUAACUUAUUUUAUAUAUAUAUAGAUGGAUAUUAAUGAAGAAAUACAAGAAAUAGAAGAAGAAGAAAAUAUAUCUCCAAUAAUUCGAAUAUUUGAGCGUCUUACAUUUGAACGAGGUCAUGACAUACAUGAUCAAGUAACAUCAAUGAUUGAAUUAUUUUCAUCAUCAAAAAUAACAUUAGAUAUGUUAGAUACAUUAAAUGAAUGUGUUAAAAUUGUUUUUAUUCAUCAACAAACAAAUAAAAAUAUGCGAAUAUUAGAUUUUUUAAUUACAUUAACACAUGUUACACAUAUUAAUUAUACAACUAAUAAAAAUUUAUCACUUGUUUUUGAUGCUCUUAUUGAUAUAUUUAGUCAGACAAUGAUAGCUAUUGAUAGUCAAAUUCGUUAUACAACAUUUUAUAUUUUAAAUAAACUUCAAUCAUUUAUUGAUCUAUCUCGAUCACCUUAUAUACCUGAUCAAUUUGAACAAUAUUUAUUAGAAUUACUUAAUAAUGAAACAACAUUUCUUGUUCUUGAUGAAAUUAUACCAUUAGCUGCUAAAUUUCAACAUAAAAAUUAUAAAUUUAUUGAUGCUUUUCUUCGUCGAAUAAAUUUACCAAAAUGGAAUUUAUAUUUAGAUCGACGACGUCAAAUUAUAUCAUUACUUGAAUAUUCAUCUUCUUCUCUAAAUUUUCUUCUUUCAAUAAUUGAAACUGAUAAUGAUUUAUCACAAUUAGCUUUUGAAAGUUUAUUAGCUUAUGAACGAGGUUUUACACUUGAUAAAUUAGAUUUUCAUGGUCGAUUAAUAAUAUUUCAAGUUGCUAGUAAAUCUCGUGAUUUAUCACGUCUUAUUUUUACUCAAUGGAUAAGUCAAAAUGGAUAUGAACUUAUUGAUAUUCUUCGAUUAUGUAAAAUAUCAUCUUUAAAUGAAAAUAAGAAUAAUUUAACAAUUGAAACAUGUUUACAAUAUUUUCUCGAUGAUAAUAAUAUUCGUCAAAUUGUUAUUAAUAAUACAAAAAUAGCUAUUGGUACAAACAAAGGUGGUAUUUUACUUUCAAAUGUAUCAAAUUAUAUAGAACAUUUAUUUAUAUGGCGUAUUUUAUGUCAAUUAAUGACUGAAGAAGAUGAUAAUACAAAUAUUCAUCCUGAUUUUCAUGAAUUUAUUUCAUUUUUUUAUCGUUUAAUAAAAUCAUCUACUAAUAAAAAUUUAUCUUCAAUAGAAGAAUUUAUUAUAUGUCAAUAUGCAUCAAUUCUUUCAACAUUUGAUAUGCUUGAUAUUUAUCGUCGUAAAUGUAUUGAAGCUAUAGGUCGUUGUAUACUUGUACAUUUUGGACAAUAUAAAACAAUAAUUGAACAAGCACUUCAUUUAAUUCAUCGUAUUUAUCCAUCAAUAGAUACAAUUCAUGAACGAUAUCAUUUAAUAACAUAUACAUUAAAUGAUAUUAUUCAACGUUGUCAAAAUGAACAAUUUGAAGAAUUAACAUUUAUACAAUGUAUGACUAUAGCAAAAAUAUUUAUUGAACAAGAAAAAGAACUUAAAUUAAAUAAUACAGAUUUAAAACAAUUACUUGAUUCAUUAAUCAAAUCAGGUUUGUCACAUAAAGAUAUUGAUAUUCAAUCUCAUACUUUAUCAACAUUACGAUCUCUUAUGUGUCAUUCACAACAAGCAGCAAUUGAAUAUAUCAAACAAAAUAUUAAUAUUACCAAUAAAAUCGAACAUAUUUCAUUAAAAUGUCAAUCAAUAUCAACUUUUAUUGAUGUACUUCUUGUUCAUGGUCUUGAUAUUUUAUCAAAUUUAACAUCUUCUCAAUUUACAACACAAUAUUUUUUAAAUCUGUUUGAUGAACAAAAAAUUGAAAUAAAAACUAUUAUUGUAUUUGGUCUUAUUAAAUUAUUUCUUAGUUGUCGUCUUGAACCAAAUAUUGCUUUACUUAAAAUUAUACUUGAUUAUCGUUUUUCAAAUGAAUAUCGAUCUAUUACUCAACAACAACGAGAUGAUAUAACUUCUUUCUUCUAUUUUUUUAUACAUUCAUCAAUUUCUAAUGUUUUACUUAUUGAAGAAUUAACAUUUGAUCUUGUUUCUCGUUAUUUACCUUCUAUAUCAGAUAAUAGUACAAUAGCUUAUAAAUCAAUUUUAAUUGAAUCAAUGUGUUAUUUCUGUAUUGAAUUACUUUCUUUACCAACUUUACCCAUUGAUAAAACAAAUGAAGAAUAUUCACAUUAUCAUCUUGCCGUAAAUCUUCUUGAAUCAAUUCAUAAUUCAACGAAUAAUCGUACAACAUUUAUUAUAAAAUCUUAUUUAAAUACAAUAAAACAUCUUCAAUUUCAAUAUAUGAAUAAAGAACAAUUACAAAUUAUUCUUGAUUUAAUUAUUCAACUUCGACAAUAUCCAAAUUUACCAUUAAUUAUAUCAAAUUCAAUAAAAAAUAUUGAAGAACAAAUACAAACAUGUUUAAAAUUAAUCAAGAAAUUAACAAAUGGUAACAAUGAUGAUAAACGAUCUCGUUCGCCUUCACCAUCAUCUCCAAGAAAUUCUAAACGUAUUUCUUCAAUAUUUAAACCAUCUAUGUCCUCAUCACCAAAUGUACUUCGUGAUCGAACUAAUGAUAUACUUGUUAACAAUGAUAAUCGUUCAUUAUCAAAAGGCAUUAAAAGAAAAUUAAAUACAAAUCGUUAUAUGACACUUGAUUUUGAAAAUGAUACCGAUGACUUUUUCUAG